CACCCGCGAAGGGUGCUGUUCCUUGAGCUUUCUUUUCCUCUCUCGCGUCAGACGGCUCCUCGCGCCCUUAUCUGCGGACGACCGCCGCCGCUCGCCAGGCUUUGUUCCGUUUGCGUCGACUGCCCAGAGUCCGCAAACGGGAACGGGGCCUCCCGGUACGGAGGGGUCAAUUCCAACACGCAGCAAGCAUUUAAACCCUUGGAGAAAAGCUAUUCUUCUUCGCCCCGAUACAUUCCUGACCCUCUCUGUUGAAACAUGUCUCUGUACAACUUUGGAUUGGAGCCUCUGUCCUGCCACGCCUGGAAUAAAGACCGAACACAAAUCGCCAUAAGCCCCAACAGCAACGUGGUCCACAUCUACCAGAAGAGCGAGAAGGGCUGGAACAAGAUCCACGAGCUCACAGAGCACAGCGGACGCAUCACAGGCAUCGACUGGGCCCCGGUGUCCAACCGCAUAGUGACGUGCGCAUCCGACAGGAAUGCCUACGUGUGGACGCUCAAGGAGGAUGCGUGGAAACCCACCCUGGUCCUGGUACGCAUCAACAGGGCCGCCACGUGCGUCAAGUGGUCCCCGCAGGAGAACAAGUUUGCUCUGGGAAGUGGAGCAAAACUCAUUUCCGUGUGCUACUUUGAGAAGGAAAAUGACUGGUGGCUCAGCAAACACAUCAAGAAAACCAUCUGCUCCACAGUUCUGAGCCUGGACUGGCAUCCCAACAAUGUGCUGUUGGCGGCCGGUUCCGCGGACCUCCACUGCAGAGUGUUCUCGGCCUACAUCAAGGACAUCGAGGAGAGGCCAGGCCCUACACCCUGGGGAGCCAAGAUGCCAUUUGGCGAGAUGCUGCUGGAGCACAAGGAUUGCGGAGGCUGGGUGCAUGGAAUCAGCUUCUCCCCCUCCGGCGAUCGGCUGGCCUGGGUCAGCCACAAUAGCAGCAUUGGCGUAGCAGACGCACCUGCGGGCAAAGAGGUCACCCAGCUGACUGUAGAACACUUGCCGCUGCUUAGCGUCCUGUUCGUCAGUGAGACCGAGAUUGUGGCUGCGGGCCACGACUGUUGCCCCUACCAGUACUCCUACAAGGGUCCCGGAAACCUGCAGUUUGUGAAAAAGCUGGAUGUGCCCAAGCAGUCCUCACGUAGUGGGACCUCUGCCAUGCAGCACUUCCGCAACCUGGACAAGAAGGCCACGACCGAGGAGGAUCAGAACGAGCUGGACACCUUACACCAGAACAGCAUCACACAGCUGUGCAUUGUGGAAGGGCCAAAGAGCAAGGUGAACAAGUUCAGCAGCGUGGGCCUUGAUGGGGCCAUGGUCGUCUGGGAUUUCAAGGACUGAGAACCCUGAGGGCCGCAAUCCAGUUUGCUGUUCCUGUCCCUGACACCGCAGUGCGUGAAACGACUGCCUUUUGCUUGCUUCGUUUAUACUAAAAGAUCUAAAUACGCAAAAAGUGUUGUAAAAAAAAGGAAUAGCUUUUACGAUGUUUGUCUUUGUUCAAAGCAUACUGAAGAGUUAACAUGAAAACACAAAGAAUAUGUAAACAUUUUGAGAGCAGAGGUUGUGGGUGUAAUUUGUGCUACUUUGCCUUCAUUUGUAAAGCAAAGGACAGUAUUUUAAACAAAUGAUCACGACACUCCGUAUUCAGUCUAUUCAAUAAAAGUAAUUAAACUUGAA